UUGUCCCGGCGGCGCCUGCUCCUGCUCCUGCUCCUUCUGCUCCGGUUCAGAGGAUGCUUCCUAAGAUGCGCCAUGGCGGGGGGAUCCUCGUUCUCGCCCCCUUCCUCCGCCCCAGGACCCCCUUCCAUCCCAGGAGGAAAGUCGGGCUCCCCAGGAGAGAACCAUGUGAGCAACAAGAAAAGAACAUGUCUUUCCACCUACAGUCAAAAAUGCCUGCUUGUGACUUUUUACCUGACAAAUAUGAGUCUUAUCCUUAUGAGCAUAUGGUGAAGAUCCGGAAAGAGAAUGUUUCUCCCUCCUUAUAUACUUCUUACAAGAAGCCACUGCUUCUCCAUCAGGGUCACAUGCAGUGGCUAUUUGACUGUGAUGGACGCAGGUACCUCGAUCUCUUCUCUGGAAUUGUGACCGUCAGUGUUGGCCAUUGCCACCCGAAGGUAACAGCAGCUGCUCAGAAACAGCUUGGCCGCUUAUGGCACACAAGUAACCUCUUUAUGCACCCAGGAAUCCAGGAGUAUGCAGAGAAACUGGCCUCAAUGUUUCCAGAUCCCUUAAAGGUGAUUUACUUAACCAACAGUGGUUCAGAAGCCAAUGACAUGGCCAUGUACAUGGCAAGACUUUAUACACGCAACUUUGACAUCAUUUCUUUGAGAGGAUGUUACCAUGGUGGCAGUGCUUACACACUGGGCCCGACAUCCCUUUCACAAUACAAGCAUGUUAUUGCCAGUGGCACUGGCUGCCAGACGACAAUGUUACCUGAUGUUUUUUGUGGUCCCUGGGGAGGAAGCUCUUGUCGGGACUCUCCAGUGCAAACAAUUAGGAAAUGUAACUGUUCUCCAGGCUCUUGUCAUGCAAAGGACCAAUACAUUGAGCAGCUUAAAGACACCUUCAGAACAUGUGUUCCAAAAGCCAUAGCUGGAUUUAUUGCUGAGCCCAUUCAAGGUGUCAAUGGAGCUGUGCAGUAUCCCAAAGGAUUUCUGAAGGAGGCUUUUCAGCUGGUGCGUGAAAAAGGAGGAGUGUGCAUUGUGGAUGAAGUUCAGACAGGCUUUGGUCGAACAGGCAGCCAUUACUGGGGAUUCGAAGGGCAUGAUGUGGUUCCUGACAUUGUUACCAUGGCAAAAGGGAUCGGAAAUGGCUUUCCAAUGGCAGCGGUUGUCACUCGAAAAGAGAUUGCAAAUGCCUUGGCUCGAAGCACACACUUCAACACAUUUGGAGGAAACGCCGUGGCCUGUGCGGUUGGGUCUGCUGUUCUGGAUGCAAUAGAAAAAGAUGGCUUGCAGAACAACUGUGUGGAAGUGGGAACCCACAUGCUCUUAGAGUUUGCCAAGUUGCGGGACAAGUUUGAAAUCGUUGGAGAUGUCCGGGGCAAAGGGCUUAUGAUCGGAAUCGAGAUGGUCGAGAAUAAGGAAACUCGGCAACCACUCCCAGCGGAAGAGGUGGCCCAGAUCAAAGAAGACUGCAAAGACAUGGGCGUGAUCAUUGGCCAGGGAGGAGUUUUCUUGCAGACAUUCAGAGUUAAACCUCCCAUGUGCAUCACUAAGGCAGAUGCCGACUUCGCAGUGGAAGUUUUCCAUGCAGCUUUAUCGAGACACAUGGAAAGGAAGGCAGCUGCAAAAUAGCAUCCCACAGGAGCCAGUACCUGAGCUGAUGCAUAAGCUACAUUCACAUCCAAGAACAUCUACAGCUGUGACUAAAACUCUGCAGUUGCCAAAUUAGUACUGUUUGACAGGUUUACAAUAAGAAGCACCACUGGGAGUGCAACUACUGCAUGGGGUGUGACAGGCAAUUGAUUUCCUCUAAGCAGAUGAGGAAAUCCAACUGGAGCAUGUUCCCCAUUCAUCAGGUGGAAAGAGGUUUUUAUGGAUAUGUCCUCAGCUGGUUGUGGAAGCAUCCUAUGGUGACUCUGGUUUCCUAUCCUGCUGCAACAGCUGGACUUAUUUAAAAAAAAAGCUUUCUUAUUAAAGAAAAAAUAAUAGCAGUUAGCAAUUCUCUUUAGUUGUUUGUGGACAAUUUCAGUCAAAGAGAAGAGUUACAAAUAUCUGAAUGAGGAUGUAAACCUCUGCUUCUGGUGCUUCAACUUUUCUA